CUUUCAUUCGAUUUAAUUCUUUAUCAAUAUCAGACUGUUUCUGAGUCAUGAAGUUCUCGCAUCAGAUUCAGUUUAACGCUGUCCCUGAUUGGGCAGACCAUUAUUUACCAUACUCUAAUCUCAAGAAACUUAUCUAUUCCAUCGAAAAAGACAGAGUCAAUGGUACUCAUGAACACUCCCAAGAUCUAGAAUAUGCUCCCAGUGAACAAACAGCCCUCAUGAGGGAUCAGAUUCAGGACAGCAAUUCCGUGUUUGCAGCUGCACUAGACAAAUCUCUCGACAAAAUUGUUAAAUUUUAUGCCAAAAAGGAAACAGAACUCUACGACGAACUGGACCAACUUGUACUUGAGAUUGAAUCUCUUGAUAGCUCUCGUCGCCCGUCGCACCAGGAUGAAGAAAUCACUCUUGGAGAUACCCCUCACCCCCAUCAUCGGGCUGAUUUCCCUCGACGAGAAUCAAACCUGGAUGGAGACUCUCUUCCAGCAAACAUCAUUUCUCAAAACUUGACAGAUACUUACUGCGAUCACGAAGCAGGGAUUGAACCCGGAGGUGGUGGAGGUGGAGGUGGAGGAGGUACAACUGGCUGGUCAAACAACAAAAUCAGUCCAGAUGCAACAUCCGAACUCCGGAAGCGAACAAUCGAUCUAUUUGUUUUGUUGUCCGAAUUAAAGUCCUUUGUAGCUCUCAAUCUGACGGCUUUUGCAAAAAUCCUAAAGAAGUACGACAAGAUUACCAACAGCAACCUCAAGCGAGACUACACCGCCAGUCACGUCAGCCAGGCAUAUCCUUUCAAGAGCGCCACAAAAUCCCGGUUGAAUGAACGAAUCCAGCAAACUGAGCGAGCCUAUGCUUUUUUGGAAACCAACAACAACCUUGACCAAGCCAUCGAUGAACUAAAGGCUCAUUUGCGUGAACAUAUUGUCUGGGAACGCAAUACCGUCUGGCGUGACAUGGUCGGGCAGGAGCGCAAGGUCCAGACUGUCGGCGUAGGAGAAUCCGAUAUGAUGCAGAUCAAGACCCCUUGUGGCAGUCUCAAGAUCGAUCGCGAACAAGCUAUCCAUACUUUCUUCUUGGUAGCCAGUAUCUUGGUAUUCGUUAUACUAUUACAGGUCGAAAUAUUUGCGCACAUUGAACAGAACAGAUGCUUUGCCAUACUUGUAUUUGCCAGUAUUCUUUGGGCUGGAGAAGUGAUGCCCUUGUUUGCUACUGCUCUCUUGGUUCCAGUAUUGGUUGUCACCCUGCGUGUAAUGCGCUCUGAAGAUGGAAACUUUACGCGUCUCAGUGCUCCGGAUGCAACCAAACGUGUGUUUGCCAGCAUGUUCUCACCCGUAAUUAUGCUUCUGUUGGGUGGAUUUGCAAUUGCAGGUGCAUUAAGUAAGUUUGGCAUUGCCAAAGCUAUGGCGACAUUUGUCUUGUCCAAAGCAGGCACACGUCCAAACCGAGUUUUACUGGUCAACAUGUUGGUUGCAACCAUUGCCAGUAUGUGGAUCAGUAAUGUGGCCGCACCCGUCCUUUGCUUCUCCUUGAUUCAGCCUAUUUUACGUACUUUGCCAGUCGAUUCUCGUUUUGGACCAUGUCUUAUAAUUGGAAUUGCCUUGGCUUCAAACUUGGGUGGUAUGACUUCACCCAUUUCAUCUCCUCAGAACAUUAUUGCCAUCCAGAACAUGAACCCAGCACCCUCUUGGGGAGUCUGGUUUGCAGUCGCAAUUCCCCUUUCGAUCAUUGGCAAUAUCAUCGUCUGGAUGUUCCUCGUCUGGAGUUAUGAGCCCGAGAAGCAAACACCUCAUAUUCACGCCAUUCGUGCCUCAAACGAUCCUAUCAAUUCCACCCAGAUAUAUGUUUGCCUAGUUACCCUGAUCACGAUCAUCCUCUGGUGUCUUGCACACACCUACCAAGAGAUCUUUGGUGACAUGGGUAUCAUUGCUAUAUUGCCUUUGAUCGCUUUCUUUGGUACUGGCCUUUUGACCAAAGACGACUUUAACAACUUUUUGUGGAAUGUUAUUAUGCUGGCCAUGGGUGGAAUUGCACUCGGAAAGGCUGUCGAAAGCUCUGGAUUGCUACAGGCAAUUGCUGUUCAGAUCGAAGCCUUGGUUGUUGACAUGAAUGCUUUCCAGGUUCUGUUUACCUUUAGCUGCCUGGUUCUCGUGAUUGCUACAUUUAUUAGCCAUACUGUGGCUGCUCUGAUUGUUUUACCUAUUGUUGCCGAAGUGGGUGCCAGAAUGGAUGACCCAAGACCCAGCAUGCUGGUGAUGGGAACUGCCUUCAUGUGUUCAGCUGCCAUGGGCCUACCUGUAUCCGGUUUCCCCAACAUGAAUGCCAUUGCUCAAGAAAAUGAACUGGGUCAACCUUACUUGACUACCAAGGACUUUGUUCGCAAUGGCAUUCCUUCUAGUGUAUUUGCUAUGAUUUGUGUUACUACUAUAGGUUAUCUUCUUAUGACAGUGGUUGGUCUGUAAAUUUAGUGAUAUUUCUUUUUACCCUUUUGUUCUUUCUUUUACCAUAAUCUAUUUUUCUUUUUUUAAUUUUCUUAUUACUUUUAGACAACUUUUUGUGUAAACCGUUUACCUUGAAAUAUUUCCCUGGAUAUUUGCAGCUUUACCUCACCUUACUUUACUUUAUAUCACCCAAUAUCCUCCACAAAUUUACCUUAUAUAUAUAUAUUUAAAAGCAAAAAGUUGAACUCAAUG